GGAAUCCACCAAUCCAAUUUAUCAGGCGAUGUACAAGAAAAUGGUGCAACACAGUUGGCUUGUCGACCAAAACGACAUAGGAGUAAAUUUGGCUGAGACCUCACAGUACGCAUUUUUUAUGGAAUCGACAUCCCUAGAAUAUUAUAAAGAAAGACAUUGUGAUUUGCUGCAAGUUGGAGGUUUGCUCGAUUCUAAAAGUUACGGCAUUGGAAUGAAAAAAAAAUCACCAUUCAAGAAAUAUAUUGACGACGCAUUGCUUCACCUGAAAGAGAACGGUGAAAUAGAAAAAAUAAGGAAUGUUUGGUGGAAGGAAAAGAGAGGUGGAGGAAAAUGUGGGGAGAAACGCGACGAAGACCAGAAACAGUUGGGUAUGAAGAAUAUGUUGGGAGCUUUCGUUGUGCUCGGUGUGGGCUGCCUUAUAGGGCUCUUUAUAUCAAUCGUAGAUAUGUUGUGGGGAGUGUUCAAGAGAUCUGUUAAAUACAGCACGACCUUCAAGUACGAGUUAGUGGAGGAAUUAAAGUUCGCUCUUAAGUUUAGUGGUAAUAUUAAGCCAGUGAAGAGGCCACAAAAGUCGCCUGUGGAUGGAAGUUUUGAGGCGCUUGCGAAGGCUGAAGGGAAGGAUGAAAUACGUUCUCUUCAUUCAAUAAGGUCUACUGAUACUCGUCGUACGCAACAUUCACACAGUUCCAGACAUUCUUCCCGCAGUCUCAGUGUCGCCUUUGCCAAACGACGAUCUUAUAGCUAAAUUAAUAUUAAUGUAAACGCAUUUAUAGAUUCAAUUCAAAUGCCGAAAAGAUCUGC